GAGUACAGUGGCCGGUGAAAUCGCGUUAAAAAGCCGCGCGCAGGUACGAUCGAAGGACCGAUCAUCUCUGCUCCUUUUUUUUAUUUCUACGGGGGUGUGGAUCGUUCGCUGUUAGAAGUGCUCUAGAGCGAGACGUGGAUAUCCCGAAAUAAACUUUCUCGGGUUAUGUAAAGGCUGGCAACUGGCUUGUGUAGACUCGCCGGUAUAAAGGUCGGCUGUGCCCCCAACAGUCCAAGAGUUGCUCACGAACUUCACGCCAGCAACCAUCGGGAGAACAUCGACGCUCUAUAUGUGACGUUGCCUUUUUAUCUGACGCAGACUUAUCUCCAUCGUUCACACGCAUCGUAGCAUCGCACUUUCUCGAGAGAGCGUUGUACCGUUGCACAGGCACGUGUCCCGUCGCGUCAUUUCGGCAACAUGCGUUCUUUGGUCUUCCUUACGCUUAUCGCAGUGGCUCACUGCCAGGAAUAUUUCCGGCAACCGGAAAAGAUCGUCAGCGAAAACCGGAACCUUGGUGACAAUCGUGGCCACUAUUCGUUCGCUUAUGAGACCGAAGGCGGUAUUGUGCAAACAGAGACCGGAAGCCGAAAGUACGUCGGCACGCCGUCUGAAACUCAACUGAUUCAAGGAUCCGUACAGUAUAAUGCUCCAGAUGGUACUCCGAUAGCAAUUAGCUGGACCGCCGACGAAUUUGGUACUCAAGUAGCAGGUACUCACGUGCCAACACCGCCACCAAUACCGCCAGCCAUACAGAGAGCUCUUGAUUGGAUCGCGAAACAACCCUCGACUCCGGAACCCGAGGAACUCGCCAAAGACUCGCCGAGUCAACAAAACGCCGUUCCAGCAGCCAACACUAAUCGACUAUAUAAACCGUUAAGGUCGAAUCAACGAAACUGAUCGAUUGUGAUACGAACGUUAGAAUAGUUCACAUGUUAGUUUUUAUAAUGUACAAAAUAAACUUCGUAUUUUCGUAGAAAA